UUUCACAUUUCCCCCAAUUCAAAUUCCCUCCCCUCCCCCUCUUACAACGGCUACAUCUCUCUCUCUCUCUCUUCCCCACCCUUCUCCUUCGCUUCCUUGUCUCCCCAAACCCUACGCUUUCUGUCUCUCUCUCUCUCUCUCUGGACUUCUCUGUGAUUUGUGCUAACAAUGAAGCACUUCAUGCAACCGAGGAACCCGAUCUUGAGGGAGACGCAUUCCACGGACCCACCGUCGUCCGCCAGCCCUAGCUCGGCCAAGCCUAGGCCGUCGAGGAAGCAGAAAUCGGCCAAGGAAAAUGCCCCGCCCUCGGAUCCAAACGUGAUGACGUGUGAUCCGAAGCAGUCCCCGGCCAAGUUGAAGAGUCCGCUUCCGCCAAGGCCGCCGUCUUCAAAUCCUCUCAAGCGAAAGCUCAGCAUGGAGACUCUGCCUGAGAAUUCGGUGCUCGGGCCUUCGGAUUCUGGCGUCAAGGUUGUGGUCAGAAUGCGGCCGCCACAUGAGGAUAGGGAUGAAGGGGAUGUGAUAGUUCAGAAAACUUCCAGUGAUUCAUUAUCAAUUAAUGGACAAACUUUCACAUUUGACUCAGUCGCAGACAUUGAGGCAACGCAGCAAGAUAUCUUCGAGCUUGUAGGAGCACCCCUUGUUGAAAAUUGUUUGGCUGGAUUCAAUAGUUCUGUAUUUGCGUAUGGGCAGACGGGAAGCGGAAAGACAUAUACUAUUUGGGGUCCAGCCAAUGCCUUGUUGGAAGAAAAAUUGUCCAGCGAUCAACAAGGGUUAACUCCCCGUGUUUUUGAGCGACUCUUUUCCCGCAUAAAUGAGGAGCAAAUCAAGCAUGCCGAUAAACAACUCGAGUAUCAGUGUUGCUGUUCUUUUCUUGAGAUUUACAACGAGCAAAUUACAGAUUUGUUGGAUCCAAAUCAAAGAAAUCUCCAGAUAAGAGAAGAUGUUAAAUCUGGUGUCUAUGUCGAAAAUCUCAAAGAGGAGUCUGUACGUACAAUGAAGGAUGUGACUCAACUCUUGAUAAAGGGGAUGUCAAAUAGGAGGACAGGUGCAACUAGUAUAAAUGCUGAGAGUUCCCGCUCGCAUACUGUAUUCACUUGUGUUGUUGAAUCCAGAUGCAAGGCUGAUGGCUUAAGCAGCUUCAAAACAAGCAGAAUAAAUCUUGUUGAUCUAGCCGGUUCAGAGCGACAAAAGUUAACUGGUGCAGCAGGAGAACGUCUAAAGGAAGCAGGCAAUAUUAAUCGAUCACUCUCACAGCUUGGAAAUUUAAUCAACAUUCUUGCUGAAGUUUCUCAAACAGGAAAGCAAAGGCAUAUCCCCUAUAGAGACUCCAGGUUGACAUUCUUAUUGCAGGAAUCUCUUGGGGGAAAUGCAAAAUUAGCAAUGGUUUGUGCUAUUUCUCCAUCUCAAAGUUGUAAGAGUGAAACUUUUAGUACAUUGAGAUUUGCACAGCGUGCCAAGGCUAUUAAGAACAAGGCAGUUGUUAAUGAAGUAAUGCAGAAUGAUGUGAAUCACUUGCGAGAAGUGAUACGGCAGCUGAGGGAUGAACUAGAUAGAUAUAAGUCCAACCGCGGAUACCCCAUCGACUCAAAUGGAGGUCAUUCAGCAGCAUGGAUUCGUAGAAGUUUGAGUCUACUAAAGUCUAGCCUCAGUUGUCCAACGACAUUACAUCAUGUUGACGAUGAUGGUGAUGAGGAGAUGGAAAUUGAUGAGGAAGCUGUUGAGAGGCUCUGUGUUCGAGUGGAUGAGCAAAUAGCCAGCAGCGAAGCUAACAGUAGGAUUGAUCUAGGGAAAACAAAAACUGUAGAUUCAGACUUGCAACUUGUGACUUCUGAAGAUAUAAGUUUUAAUGAGCCCGAGUGCUGCACAUCUGGAGGUGGAUGUAUCAAGGAACAAAGUUCUGAGGAUACAGAUGUUAAUAUGGAAGGAGCAUCUGAACAUGAUAAGAUAAUGAUAGUUGAUUGUGCAGAUCCUGUUAAAGACACUUCAUGUUCUUCUGAUGUUAAUGUGCUGGCUUGUCAUAGUCUCCUAGAGGAAAACAACAGAGAAAGAAACACACUUGAUGGGGAUUCCUAUUGGCAGCCCACUGAGGGGAAAAGUAUACUUAGCUCAUCUGUCAGUAAACUGCUAAACAAAGAAUCACCAAGCAAAAAUGUAAUGGAUAAUUCUUCCUCAGUCACAGAUCAUCUUAAUGAAGUUUCUGUCGGCAUUUCCAGUGCAGAUGCACCAAAUGAUUUUUCAAAUGGCUCAGUGAAUUGUGUAUCUCCUCCUAGCUUAAGCAUAGUUCCAUCUGAUGUCUCCCCAAUACUUAAGUCUCCAGCUCCAAGUGUUUCGCCCAGAAUCGCCACCAGCAGGAAAAGCUUGAGGACUUCAUCAAUGCUGACUGCUUCACAGAAAGAUCUUCAGGAUGACAGUAUGUUAGUCCCUGAGGCUGCUCAUAUAUCUUUCAAGAAAUCCACGAGAAGCAGCAUUAAUACUAUGUCCACAGAAAAAAGUAAGAACUUUAUUUCACCAACUGAACAUUUGGCUGCAAGCAUCCGUCAUGGCCUUGAAAUUAUUGAUAGCCAUCGCCAAAGUUCAGCUCUAAGGCGGUCAGCGUUCAGGUUUUCAUUCAAACCUGCAGAAUCUAAGCCAAUUUCUCUGGUUGACAAAGUUGAUGUGGGUGUGCAAACUUUUCCUGGUGAUAUACUAGAAGAAGAUUCAGUUGAAUUUAUGUGUACUAGUUGCAAGAAUAGAAUGCAGCUAGGGGUCAAAGAGACCGAUGACGGUUCAAACCUACAGCUAGUACCUGUUGAUAGUGCAGAGUCUGCUGAAAAAUUAAAGAAGCAAGUUACCAAGGCAGUGGAGAAGGUUUUGGCAGGAGCUAUUAGGAGAGAAAUGGCACUAGAAGAUUUCUGUGCUAAGAAAACCUCUGAAAUUGUGCAGCUUAACCGUUUGGUGCAACAAUACAAGCAUGAGAGGGAAUGCAAUGCCAUAAUAGCACAGACAAGGGAGGAUAAAAUCCUUCGCCUCGAGAACCUUAUGGAUGGCGUUUUACCCACAGAGGAGUUCAUGGAGGAAGAGCUACUGUCACUCACAGAGGAGCACAAGAUUUUCAAGGAGAAAUAUGAGAAUCAUCCUGAAGUUUUAAGGACCAAAAUUGAGUUAAAACGAGUUCAAGAUGAGCUGGAACAUUAUCGGAAUUUCUAUGAUAUGGGUGAGAGAGAAGUGUUGGUGGAAGAGAUUCAAGAUUUAAGAAACCAACUACAAUUUUACAUAGAUACUUCAUCCACAGCAUGUCGAAAAAAUCCACUACUUCAAUUGACUUAUUCAUGUGAAACUCAAUCGGCUCCACCUCUUACUACGAUUCCUGAGUCGACUGAGAGUGCUGAGGAGAAACUUGAACGGGAAAGCAUUCGUUGGACAGAGGCAGAGAGCAGAUGGAUCUCUCUUUCUGAGGAAUUGAGACUUGAACUUGAAGCUAGCAGAUCACUAGCAGAAAAGAGGAAGCAAGAACUAGAUACUGAGAGGAAAUGUGCCGAAGAGCUGAAGGAAGCAAUGCAUAUGGCUAUAGAGGGGCAUGCACGCAUUCUUGAACAGUAUGCAGAUUUGGAAGAGAAACAUAUUCAGUUGCUUAUAAGGCAUAGGAAGAUCCAGGAAGGAAUAGAGGAUGUCAAGAAAGCAGCUGCUAAAGCAGGAGUUAAGGGUGCUGAGUCCAAGUUCAUAAAUGCUCUUGCUGCUGAAAUUUCAGCAUUAAGGGUGGAAAGAGAGAAGGAGAAGCGAUAUUUUAGGGAUGAGAAUAAAGGACUUCAAGCUCAAUUGAGGGACACAGCUGAAGCUGUGCAGGCUGCCGGAGAAUUACUUUUGCGGCUGAAAGAAGCAGAAGAGGCUGUCGCGGCUGCCCAGAUGCGAGCUGUGGAGGCAGAGCAAGAAACUGAAAAGGCCCACAAACAGAUUGAUAAAUUGAAGAAAAAACACGAGAAGGAGAUCAGCACCCUUAAUGAACUUCUCCUAGAAUCUCGUUUACCCCGAGAAGCAACACAACCAGCUUAUGAUGAUGCUCAAAUUGCCACAUACGACGCAGGGGAGACACGCAAUUCUAGUGAUCAGAGAUGGAGAGAGGAAUUUGAACCAUUUUAUAAUGGCGAAGAAGGUGAGUUGCCGAAACCCACAGAACCCUCGUCAUGGUUCUCUGGUUACGAUCGAUGCAACAUAUAGAUGAAAAUUACUGGCCUAAAUGUAUUGCACCACUAACAGUUUUUGUGAUAUAGCUCCAAAGUUGUAGCAUAUUUUUACUGGUCAUCCGGUUCGUGCAGUUUGUAGCAAUUGUGAUUACCAAUGUAUGUGUUCUCAUAUUGUUUUUUGUCAAUUCAGAUUCCUAAGUUCAUAAGAUAUCAAGAUUGAAUUCUUUUUA